AUGUCUAAUCGACAACAAUCACGUGGACGUGGACGUGGGGGUGGCGGUGGUGGUGGUUUCGGAUUUGGAAAUCGUGGUGGUAAACGUGGCGGUGGACGAGAUCGAAGUCGAGGUAGUUUUCAAGGUAGAAAUCGAGGUGGUUUUCAAAGUGGAAAUCGUGGUGGUUUUCAAAGUGGAAAUCGUGGUGGUUUUCAAAGUGGAAAUCGUGGUGGUUUUCAAAGUGGAAAUCGUGGUGGAGGAAAAUUCGGCGAUACAAAACGUGAAUUUAUGACAGAUAGUAUUUAUGUUGGUCAAUUACCUGGUGAUAUUAAAGAAAAUGAUUUGAAAAAACUUUUUCCAAAAGCAAAAAAUGUAACAUUAACUCCAGCUGAAAGAAACAGACCUGGUCAUGCUUUUCUUUCGUUUCCGGAUGAUGCUUCAGCAUCAGCUGCUGUUAAACAGGGAGCUAGUUUUAAAAAUACUCAACUUAAAGUAGCCUUUCAAACUAAACGAGCUGAACCACAAAAACGAUCGUCAAAUACCAAUGAUAAUUCAGGUCCAAAAGCGAAAAAACUCAAAAGUGAUACAUCUGAAGGAAAAGGCUUGGCAGCUAAUAAUAACAUGCAAAGAAAAGGAAAAAUAUCCGUCGACUCUGAUGAAGAUGAUGACGAUGAUGAUGAAUCUAUAGAUUUUGAUACCGAAGAUGAUUCAGAUGAUGAAUCGGAUGAAGAUGAUGAACAACAAAAAAAAAUUAAACAAACUGUUGCUAAAAUGGUUGGUGGAGGAAAAUCGGUACCUUCAAAAUCAGCAGCUGGUAAAAAAGUUGAAGAUGACGAUGAUGAAUCGGAUGACGAUGAUGAUGAUGACGACGACGAUGAUGAUGAUGAAGAGGAUGAAGAUGAAAAACCAUCUAAAUUACAAAAAACUCCACCACUAUCAUCUAAACAACAGACUUCAACUAUCACUCAAGCUAAAACAGAAGGCAAAUCACCACUUACUAAAUCACCUGUGAUCAAUAAUUCAUCUGAAAAGAAAAAAAAGCCUGAUCAAAAAACAGCUUCUGAUAUACCAACAUUAUCCAAGCCUCCAAAACGAUCAGUGGAUUUUGCUGAUAAAUCAAGUCCUCAAGCAAAAAAACUUAAGAUUGAUACUUCAACGCGUGGUAAAAAUAUUCCUGUAGUAAAUAAAAAUGUUUUGAAAGGGAAAGGAACUAAAUAUGAUGAGGAUAACGAUGAUGAUGAUGACGACGAUGACGACGAUGAUGACGAUGACGAUGAUGAUGAUGAUGAUGACGAUGAUGAAGAAGAACAAACAAUUAAGAAGCCUGUAGCUAAGCAAUCUGUUACUGGAAAACAAGUUAAACCUGUCCCCAAACAAUCAUUUUUCGAAGAAGAAGAUGAUGACGACGAUGAUGAUGAUGAUGACGAUGAUGAUGAUGAUGACGAUGACGAUGAUGAAGAAGAACAAACAAUUAAGAAGCCUGCCGUUAAGCCAUUUGCUACUGGAAAACAAGUUAAACCUGUCGUCAAACAAUCAUUUUUCGAAGAUGAUGAUGAUGAUGACGACGAAGAAGAACAAAUACCUAAGAAGUCUGUCAUUAAGCCACCUGUUACCGGAAAACAAACUAAAUCUACUGCUAAAACGCCAUCAUCUUCCGAAGAUGAUGAUGAUGAUGAUGACGAUGACGAUGAUGAAGAAGAAACACAAAAAAAGUCUGUCAUCAAACCAUCAUCUACUGGAAAACCAAUGAAAAAUGCUGUCAAAACAUCUUUUGCUCAAGAUGAUGAUGAUAGUGAUGAUGACGAUGACGACGACGAUGACGAUGAAUCAACCAAACCGCCACAAGCUUUUGAAGAUGAGGACGACGACGAUGAUGAUGAUGAUGAUGAUGAUGAUGAUGAUGAUGAUGACGAUGAUGAUGAUGACGACGAAGAAGAAACUGCUUCGCCACCACUUAAAUCUGGAUUAAAGCAAUCACCAUUAACUCCUACUACUCCAAAACAAAAUCAAACAUCCAAAACGACAGCAUCUGAAUCUAAACCAACACCAGUACAAAAUAAACAAAAAGGUGGAAGUGAAGCAAUCAAACAAGAAACUUCAACUAAACCACUUAAUAAAACUCAAUUGUAUAUAAAUUCAAUAAAAGAAAGUAUUACUGUAUCGGAUAUGAAAUCUCUCUAUCCAAACGCAAACUCAGUUAAAAUGCAAAAACGAAAAGUUGGUCCAAAUCAUAAAAUAAUGCAAAUUGCUUUUGUUACAUUUGAAAACGAAUCAGAUUGUAGUGAUGCAUUAAAAGCUCAUACACAUAUCGGUGGUGAAAAAGUUAAUAUAUUUUAUGCAUUUGCAAAACAAGAUAAACAAACAAAACCAACAGCUACUGAUUCAAAUAAAAAUUUGGAAAAGAAAAAACAAACAACACCAACAGAGAAUACAAAUAAAAAACAACAAACUAAACCAGAAAUACAAACUUUAACUGAUUCAAUAUAUGUUGGUCAAUUACCUGAAAAUGUUGAAGAAUCUGAUUUAAAAAAACUUUUUCCAAAAUCAACUAAAAUCGAAUUAACUCCAGCUAAAACAAAUAAGACAGGUGUUCGACCCGCUUUUGCUUUUGUUACUUUUCCUGAUGAUAAUUUAGCAGCUGCUGCUAUUAAACUUGGUUCAUCAUUAAAACUUAAAAAUACACAAUUAAAAGUUGCUUAUCGAACAAAACGAACAACACCAACCGCAAGUGACUAA